UAAAAGAGAAGUUUCCAACCCACAUAGGAAAGCAUAUAUUCCCCUUCAAAAAUAAUAAAGUCUGGGACUACAACUGCUUUAACUAUAUGGAUCAUCAACAAAAAAAAAAAUAAAAUCCCACUUCCCACUAGUUAUAAUAAAUUUCCAUAAUUAUUACAAGCACACAGGUCAUUUUCUUCACCCUCUUCCUCCUUCUUUCUUCUUCUUCACUUCUUCUUGCAGAUCUUUCCAUGGACCCUUUGACUCUCAAGAUCAGGCUCUUCUUCCUCCACUGGAUUCACUGCAGAUCUCACCCCAGUUCAGUGUCCUUAGUCAAGCACUUUUCAUACAAGGAUAUAAAGAGAGGCACUGAUGGAUUUAGAAGAAUCCUUGAUACCUCUUCCAAUGGGGGGAUGGCAUAUAGAGCUAGGUUUCAGAAUGGCCAGGUUGCUUUUGUUAAAGAAAUCAAAAUUCUUGAUGAUCAAGACGACGAUGUCUUCUUUGGCGAAGUGCGGCUCCUUGCGCGUUUGCAUCAUCGCCACAUUGUUGCUCUUAGGGGUUUCUCGAGUGGACCUAAGAGGUUUCUGGUGUUUGAAAGUACGGAGAAUGGGAGUCUGAAGGAUCACCUGUCCGACCCUUUGAAGACUCCAUUAAACUGGAGAACAAGGUUGCAGAUAGCCAUUGGCAUAGCUGCUGCUUUGGAAUACUUGCAUUUCUUCUGUGAUCCCCCGCUCUACCUCGCUACCAUCAGUUCAAGUACCAUUAUGUUGGACGAGAACUUCACUGCAAAACUUGCUGAUAUCAGCCUCCUUUGUUCUGUUGGAAGUGACACAAUGCUGCCAGAAUCAUCAUGCUCAAAAGUAUGCAGGGGUGAGAGAUGCAAGAACUUGGUUUUCCAGCUGGGAGUGCUGAUCCUGGAGCUAAUCACUGGGCAAUCUGCAGAAGAUGGGGGUGGUGAUUUAGUGAAGUGGGUACAAGAAUCUCGAUUCAGAACAUCGAUAUACAAAAUGUUGGAUCCUGAUCUUGGAGACGAGUAUGAUUCCCAGGAGCUUAAAGGUCUUCUAACAGUGGCAAGAUUGUGUAUAAAAUCUGCUAACAAGCCAGCAGUAAAGACAUCCCAGAUUUUAUGGUACCUCCAAAACAAAAUAAGGAUCACCCAAGAUGUUGUUCAAUAGUGUUGUCUCAUAGUCAUAUGAUAAAUACAAAAGUACAUGGUUUUUGGUUUGAUCAAGAAA